AUCUGAAGGUAUAAAAUGGCGAACGAAAGGGAAAGCUAGGGUUUUCUUCUGUUAUAUCGCCUUUCAGCAACAGCUGCUCCCUCUCUCAAAUCCGGGGAUCUCCAUUCACAGCGAAUAUGACUAAGAGGACAAAGAAGGCUGGAAUAGUUGGGAAGUAUGGCACCCGUUAUGGUGCUAGUCUGCGGAAGCAGAUUAAGAAGAUGGAGGUUAGCCAGCAUAGCAAGUACUUCUGUGAGUUUUGUGGAAAGUAUGCUGUGAAGAGAAAGGCAGUGGGGAUAUGGGGCUGCAAAGAUUGUGGCAAAGUAAAAGCUGGCGGCGCAUAUACAUUGAACACUGCAAGUGCUGUGACUGUUAGGAGCACAAUUCGCAGACUGAGGGAGCAGACUGAGAGUUGAGCACGUUUUAUCUUUUAUGGCAACGUUCGUGUUUCAAGAUCAGUGUUGUUUUUCCUCGUGAAAUUUUGAUGGUUGUGAACCAGCUCAGUCUAUUGUAGGGAAAACCUAGUUUAAUCCGAGAUGAUUGCUAUCAUUAUUGCCUCUCGUUGCACUCAA